GGCAAGGAGAGCCUGGAAGGUGCUGGAGGCACUGAGAGCGGAUGUGCCGGCCAGCAGCAGCUGGGCCGAGGAAUUACUAGUGCAGGUGUCAACGCACCUGGUUAUGAAGAUUAUGAUCAUCUAUCUAAUUUCACACACUUGGUGCCCUGGGAGACCAUGGAGGUUCUUUAGAGCACAGAUGGAAAUGGAUGGUUAAGUCCCUGAUUAUCCAUACAUUUUGUCCAGCACUUUGGUUGAUUAUAACUUUAAAACAUUUUAUUACAACAUGUCACCUCUAUCGGCUUGAAACUUAUUCUUAAAAUGGUCCUUUUGUUGUUCCUGGCAAUCCUGCUUUUGAAGGAAGAUGCUGGUAGGAAUGCUGGCUUUCUGGUUUCUGCGCAGUCCAAUGAGAGGAGGGUGGUUGCUCAUAUGCCCGGUGAUAUCAUCAUUGGGGCUUUAUUUUCAGUCCACCACCAACCUACUGUGGACAAGGUCCAUGAAAGGAAAUGUGGAGAAGUCAGGGAACAAUAUGGCAUUCAGAGAGUGGAGGCCAUGCUCCACACCCUGGAGAGGAUUAAUUCAGACCCAACACUGUUGCCUAAUAUUACAUUAGGCUGUGAAAUAAGGGAUUCCUGCUGGCAUUCUGCUGUGGCCCUGGAGCAGAGCAUAGAAUUCAUAAGGGACUCCCUCAUUUCUUCAGAAGAGGAAGAGGGCUUGGUGCGCUGUGUUGAUGGCUCCUCCACCCCAUUCCGCUCGAAAAAACCCAUAGUUGGAGUGAUUGGCCCCGGUUCCAGCUCUGUGGCAAUCCAGGUCCAGAACUUGCUCCAGCUUUUCAAUAUACCUCAGAUAGCAUACUCAGCCACAAGCAUGGACUUGAGUGACAAAACAUUGUUCAAGUAUUUCAUGAGGGUAGUUCCAUCAGAUGCCCAACAGGCUCGGGCCAUGGUGGACAUCGUGAAAAGAUACAACUGGACCUAUGUUUCUGCAGUGCACACAGAAGGUAAAUUUCUAUUAUGUCAAGAGAUGAUACCUUUCUAA